CGAAAUAAAGAGCAUGGCAUGACGAUUGUUGCGCGUGGCAGGACACCGAAAGGGUAUAAAAGGAAGAUGUCGUGAGAACCGUUUCGGUGGGGCACUGGUUCUCGAGAGCAAUGGUCCUCUAGGAUGCUACUUUUCCAUCUGCUGUUGGUGUUGGUGGCAGUGGGCGUGGCCGUAGAAGGAUGUGGUCAGACUUGCUGGUUGUCGCUGCUCGAACAUCUUGAAAAAUCCACCAAGAAUGAAGUCCUCUCUCAGGACAGUCCUCCAGACACAGUCAGGUGCGACGAUAGGUAUGUCUGCCGAGACGGCUCCACCUGCUGUAAAUCUGCUGUCGGCUAUUUCUGUUGCCCGUCGGGGAUGACCUGUGGGGCGACACCCAUGACCUGCAAUGGAAAUGUUUUUGCGACGCCCUUGCUGACAAAGGUUUCUCCUCAGCGCCAUAGCUUGAUCAAGGAUCUGGACAAAUCCACCAAGAAUGAAGUCCUCUCUCAGGUCAGUCCUCCAGACACAGUCAGGUGCGACGAUAGGCAUGUCUGCCCAGACGGCUUCACCUGCUGUAAAAUCGAUGUCGGCUAUUUCUGUUGCCCGUCGGGGGUGACCUGUGGCCCGACACCCAUGACCUGCAAAGUAAAUGUUUUUGCGACGCCCUUGCUGACAAAGGUUUCUCCUCAGCGCCAUAGCUUGAUCAAGGAUCUGGACAAAUCCACCAAGAAUGAAGUCCUCUCUCAGGACAGUCCUCCAGACACGGUCAGAUGCGACGAUACAUUUGUCUGCCCAGACGGCUUCACCUGCUGUAAAUCUGCUGUCGGCUAUUUCUGUUGCCCGUCGGGGAUGACCUGUGGGGCGACACCCAUGACCUGCAACGGAAACGUUUUUGCGACGCCCUUGCUGACAAAGGUUUCUCCCAAGCGCCAUAGCUUGAUCAAGGAUCUGGACAAAUCCACCAAGAAUGAAGUCCUCUCUCAAGACAGUCCUCCAGACACGGUCAGGUGCGACGAUAGGUAUGUCUGCCGAGACGGCUCCACCUGCUGUAAAUCUGCUGUCGGCUAUUUCUGUUGCCCGUCGGGGAUGACCUGUGGGGCGACACCCAUGACCUGCAACGGAAACGUUUUUGCGACGCCCUUGCUGACAAAGGUUUCUCCCCAGCGCCAUAGCUUGAUCAAGGAUCUGGACAAAUCCACCAAGAAUGAAGUCCUCUCUCAAGACAGUCCUCCAGACACGGUCAGGUGCGACGAUAGGUAUGUCUGCCGAGACGGCUCCACCUGCUGUAAAUCUGCUGUCGGCUAUUUCUGUUGCCCGUCGGGGAUGACCUGUGGGGCGACACCCAUGACCUGCAACGGAAACGUUUUUGCGACGCCCUUGCUGACAAAGGUUUCUCCCCAGCGCCAUAGCUUGAUCAAGGAUCUGGACAAAUCCACCAAGAAUGAAGUCCUCUCUCAAGACAGUCCUCCAGACACGGUCAGGUGCGACGAUAGGUAUGUCUGCCGAGACGGCUCCACCUGCUGUAAAUCUGCUGUCGGCUAUUUCUGUUGCCCGUCGGGGAUGACCUGUGGGGCGACACCCAUGACCUGCAACGGAAACGUUUUUGCGACGCCCUUGCUGACAAAGGUUUCUCCCCAGCGCCAUAGCUUGAUCAAGGAUCUGGACAAAUCCACCAAGAAUGAAGUCCUCUCUCAAGACAGUCCUCCAGACACGGUCAGGUGCGACGAUAGGUAUGUCUGCCGAGACGGCUCCACCUGCUGUAAAUCUGCUGUCGGCUAUUUCUGUUGCCCGUCGGGGAUGACCUGUGGGGCGACACCCAUGACCUGCAACGGAAACGUUUUUGCGACGCCCUUGCUGACAAAGGUUUCUCCUCAGCGCCAUAGCUUGAUCGAGGAUCUGGACAAAUCCACCAAGAAUGAAGUCCUCUCUAAAGACAGUCCUCCAGACACAGUCAGGUGCGACGAUAGGUAUGUCUGCCGAGACGGCUCCACCUGCUGUAAAUCUGCUGUCGGCUAUUUCUGUUGCCCGUCGGGGAUGACCUGUGGGGCGACACCCAUGACCUGCAACGGAAACGUUUUUGCGACGCCCUUGCUGACAAAGGUUUCUCCCCAGCGCCAUAGCUUGAUCAAGGAUCUGGACAAAUCCACCAAGAAUGAAGUCCUCUCUCAAGACAGUCCUCCAGACACGGUCAGGUGCGACGAUAGGUAUGUCUGCCGAGACGGCUCCACCUGCUGUAAAUCUGCUGCCGGCUAUUUCUGUUGCCCGUCGGGGAUGACCUGUGGCCCGAUACCCAUGACCUGCAAAGGAAAUGUUUUUGCGACGCUCUUGCUGACCAAGAUUCCGAACUUUGACAAGGAACGAACUGAUUACAGAGGACCCGUGGGAGAGCAGUCAGUGCCCCAGGGCACUCUUCAACCAGGUCUCAAAGUUGGAGACCAGAGACACGAACGACAUAUAACUGACGUUCCACAACAGAGAGCUGGACCGACGUCGUUAGGCAAGAAAGGUGAAGCCAACUUACAAUACGUUACCCAAGACGAUGCUGGCCUUUGUUCACCUGGACAGACAGCCUGUCGUUCACCAAGCGGAGUGAGAUGCUGCUCGCUGCCCCAUGCUUCAUGCUGCAUAAAUGGGCUCCACUGCUGUAGGGCUGGAUUCCGCUGCGUGAACAACACGUGUCGGCCAUCUGCAUUAUUCUCAAGUCUUCCAGACUCAGAGACCAAGCUCUCUGGAAUUCCAUCCUCAACUGUCCUGUUCUUCAAUCAACAAGUCAGAGCAAGAACCAGACCUGGAAAUAUAGCAAGAGCCAGAUAUGUAGCUGCAGAGCAGUCUGGACCAGGAUUUGGAUCUGGAAAACAAUCCGGAGCCUCAUCACCUGGUGAUGGCUUGGUAUCAUGCAAUGCCACCGUGUCUUGUGACCAGAAUCAGACCUGCUGUAAGCUGUCGACUGGAGGAUGGGGAUGCUGCUCGUACCAAAAUGCUGUGUGCUGCCAAGACGGACUCCACUGUUGUCCAAAUGGUUACACGUGUGACCAAUCCAAGAGCUCAUGCUCCAAAAAUGGAAUAACCCUUGACUGGUCUCUCAAGCAUCGUGCUCUGAAGAAAGAACCAUAAACCUGUCAAACAGAACUAUCGAAUGAAAAUAUUGCUUUCCCAAAAUACCCUUUGCAAGCCUUAUGGUUCAACCUGUAACCAAAAAAAAACAUUUUUAAUAUUAAAUACUCAUAGAUAACUGUAUUUCAUCAUGCAAUGAUUAGUUAAUGUAACAUCGCCAAUGGUAGACCAUUUAAACCAGGGCCCCCUUGCACAAAGCGAUCUUAUCGCUACGACUAUUGUAAGCCUAUGUUAAAGUAUGGGAGUUACGAUCAUCUUAGUUGGCCAAGGUGUUGUAGCACUGUUAUAGUCUCUCUUUUAUAAUCAGUCACCCAACCCUACCAGCUUAAAUGUCUAUUAUGUGUUGCGAGAUGUGUUUCUGUAUAGCAGCUUCAUUUUACCCAACACUUGAUCCCCUAAGCCAAGUACUAAUGGUUCCCCGCUCUCAUAUCGAUGUGCUUAUUUCAUCACCUUUUAUUUCAUAUUCAUAGUGUUAUGUUGCAGCAGAUUAUUGUUAGUAGCAGCAAAUUGAGUGAAACGCUCAUAAAAUGUUGAGUCUUC